UGUGACACUCAACACAAACCAAACGGACCUAAUUGAGUUCGGGAGUUCAGCACUCAUGCAGUGCUCGGUCUCGUCUGGAUCUUCUCUCUCCUUCCUCUGGAUGAACGGUAGCUUUCCAGUUACAACCAGCAGCAGAGUUCAGAUCACUAAUGGAAACUCCACUCUCGCCAUCACCAACGUGACCCGCUAUGACUCAGGACCAUUCAGCUGUUAUGCAUUUAAUCCCGUCAGUAAUGGGACCAGUGGUCCAGUAAACUUCACCAUCAGCUAUGGUCCAGAUAGCAUGGCUCUAACAGUGAACGGGUCAAGCGGUACUUCCUUCCCAGUUGGAUCCAAUCUGACCUUACUGUGUUCAGCAAACUCCAGCCCCCCAGCUCAGCUUCAGUGGGCCUUCAGAGGAAAUCUGAUGAACUCAACAGGAACCAUGUUGGAGUUGUUCCAAGUCACACAGGACCAAAGUGGUCCAUACACCUGCCUGGCCUUCAAUAACAUCACCAACGUGAACAACAGGAUAACCAAAGACAUUAUUAUAUCAAGUAAGUUUCUGUGUUUUAGUAAAUGA